AACCCUUCAAGCCAUUUGGUGUAUCCGAGGUCUCAUCCUCAUCCCCUUCUCUUCUUGCAUUCUCAGUUUGUUCAUUUUCUCCUCAAAGUUCUUCAGGUUUCCAGAAGCCAAAGCCGUGAGGCACCCGAGCCAUGUCUUGGCUGAGAUCUGCGGUGAACAAAGCAGUGGAGGUUGGCAAUAAGAACAACCUCACUCGCACUGUUAAGAACUAUGCUGACUCUGUCGUUCAACACGCCGGUCAAGCCGUCGCUGAGGGCGCCAAGAUUCUUCAAGAUCGCAUUGCUGCUCGGAAUUUCAGAAGCGCUGUUCAGACGGCUAAAAAACUGGAAGAAGCUGCUAUCUCCUAUAGGGGCUCGGAAAGAGUGCAGUUGCUUAGAAGAUGGUUGGUUGUGCUCAAAGAGAUUGAUAAAUUAUCUGGAGCUUUGGCUGAAGGUAAAGAGAAGACAUUGGAGCAGCUCGUUGCUAUUGAUGAAGCAAAUGAGAAUCCAAGGAAACCGUCUUUGAUUCUUUAUUAUGAUACUGAUGUUGGAGGUGAACCAAUAAACUUUCGUGAAGUUUUUCUUCGAAGUCAGGCUUUGGAGGGCAUAACAAUAUCAAUGAUUCUUGAAGCUCCUAAUGACGAAGAGGUUUCUCUUCUCCUGGAGAUGUUUGGUCUCUGUCUUUCUGGGGGAAAAGAAGUUCAUAAUGCCAUAGUAAGCAGCAUACAAGAUCUGGCAACAGCUAUUUCAAGUUAUCAAGAUGAAGUAUUGGUGAAACGGGAGGAGUUGCUUCACUUUGCUCAAGGUGCUGUAACUGGGUUGAAAAUAAAUUCUGAACUUGGAAGAAUAGAUGCCGAAGCCUCUAGCCUUAAAAGAAAACUAAAUGAGAUGACGUCUCAGAGGCCUUUGAAAGAUGGUGAUGGUAAAUCAGCUGAAGAAACAACAGCCACAAUAGAGGCUUUAAAAGAAGCCCUAGCACAGAUUCGAAUUUGUUCCAGGCUGGAAGGACUAUUACUGAAGAAAAGAAAUCUGAACAGUGGAGAUUCUCCUGAGGUUCAUGCCCAAAAGGUUGACAAGUUGAAGGUUUUGACAGAUUCUCUUGCCAACUCUGCAGUAAAAGCAGAAAAGCGAAUUGCUGACAACAGACUACAAAAAGAGGAGGCACUAAAAGUUCGUGUGAGUAAAGCUGGUGAAGCUAGUGAAAAAGAAAAGGAAUUGACAGCUGAGAUAUCAGAACUUCAACGAAAAAAGGAUGAUCUUUUAGCUGAAUUGAACAAGGUCAAUACAUCCAUGGCUGCAGCUCAAGGACGAUUACGGAUUGCAAAGGAAGAGCGUGACCAGUUUGAGGAAGCAAACAAUCAGAUGAUUGAGCAUUUGAAGACAAAGGAAGAGGAACUUUCAAAUUCAAUUGCCUCGUGUAAGAAAGAAGCAGAUGUUAUCAAAACCUGGAUUAACUUUCUGGAAGAUACUUGGGUUCUCCAGCGAUCAAAUGCGGAGAUCAAUGAGAAGCAGGUCAACGAUGAAUUGGAGAAACAUGAGGAGUAUUUUGUGAACUUGGCCAUCCAACUACUUGCCAGUUAUAAGAACGAGUUGGAGCCUUCUAUAAACCAUAUUGGAACAUUUGUGGAGAACCUCAAGAAUUUAAGUCCGGGGUCAGAGGUGUCAUCCAAUACAAAUACUGAGGAUUCAGAAGCAGUAAAUCCUAGGAAAAAUCUUGAGGAGGAAUAUUUGGCCUCUGAAGCCAAGAUUAUAACCACCUUCAGUGUUGUGGAUAACAUGAAACAGCAAUUUUAUGCUCAACAGGGGAAAAUUUCCAGGAAAAAUGAAGAAAAGGUUAUAGAGCUGUUUGAUGCCAUCAGUAAGUUACGAGCACAGUUCGAGUCCAUCGAGAGGCCAAAUCUCGAAUUAGAGAAGCCUGCGCCAAAUACAGAGACACCGCCCACUGAGAAACAGCAUGAUGGUACAUCUGCUCCGGCUCAAGGUGCUGACGCUUCCAAAAUGCAGACAGGCAAAAAGCCAAAGUCACCUACCGCCAAGUCAGAUCAGGUCUUGGACCAUGAAGCAGAACUGGCAAAGCUUGAAUCUGAGAUUGGUGGAGCUGGUCAAGAAUACUCCACAGAGGAGAUUGGUGAUUGGGAAUUUGAUGAGCUUGAAAGGGAAUUGACAUCUGGUAAUUCAGCUCCAACCCAUUGAGGGAAUACAAAAUCCUGGGAUAUUAAUACUGGUUGUUGUAACUUUAUAAUGAUGUGCAAGUGUCAUAUAUAUAUAUAUAUGUUGACAAGCUAUAUUAUGUGCUGUUAUUGUGGCUGCACCUUGUAUGAAGCUCCUUUAUGUAACUGAAGAGUAUGAUUUCUUCAUUCUUGUGUAAAUUACAUGAUUUGUAACAUGCCGAUACCAAAUCGUUUUUAACUUGGAAGGCAGAUUGUAUGUAAAUUUGAUGCUAUGCAAUGUAUAUUUGGAAAGCAGCAAGCUCAGGAUAACGAUUUCUAACAAA